AUGCGAGCUUUUUGCACCGUCAGCGCACCCUUAGAGGUUUGCGCACCACCUUCCCGACCUCUGCCUCCGGGUACCAGAUUUCUAGCUUUAAAGUUAUUGGGAACGCCGCAGCCACGCACACUCUACUUCCUAGUCGAAGCAAAAAGUCGCGUACGCGAAGUAUACGCACAGACAUGCCACCACUUCUCCAAGCAAGGCAUGCUGGACACGGAGCUGUUCGGCCUGGCCGUACUAAUAGAUGGCGAGUACCUGUUUGCCGACCCCGAGAGCAAACUGUCCAAGUACGGGCCCAAAAGCUGGCGUUCCUCGCACACUCAUGGCCUGGACGCCAACGGGAAGCCUCUCCUGGAGCUACACUUCCGUGUGCAGUUCUACAUCGAGAGUCCGCUCAUGCUGCGCGAUGAAGUGUCGCGCCACAACUACUAUCUGCAGCUCAAGUACAAUGCGGUCACGCGGGAGCUGCCCAAGGAGUGCUCGGAGCAGAGUCUGCUGCUGCUCAGUGCCCUCUCGCUGCAGGCCGACCUCGGUGACAGUGUGCCGCAGGCGUCGGUGGCGACCGCGACUAACGCCGCCGGCAGCGGAGACCAAGAAACUGGCCCAUCGGCUGCAUCGUCUUCAGCGUCAGCCACGGCACCAUCGGCAGCACCCUCUGUAGUAUCACCGAGUCCCGUAGGCCCCACUUCCCUCUGCUCAAGCAGCAGCAGCAGCAGCUCUUCGUCCUCGUCCUGCAUCAACAACAAUGGUGGUGGCACUACCUCGGUCAGCUCGGCCGCAUCCUCGUCUGGCUCGUCGUCCUCGUCGGCUUCGACGGCGACGUUCGCCACUACCAAUGCCGUGGCCGUCGCGCCCGAAACCGCUACGGCGUCGUCUGCCCCGAGCGCCUCCGGGGGGUCCGGUGGAGAGUACUUCCGGCCGGAGGAGUACCUCAACCCGAUCCUGCGCACGGCCUGGGGAGUGGCUGCGGUGACGGCCUGCCACCGGGAGAACCGUGGGUUGUCGCGGGCCGACGCCGAAACGCACUACAUCCGCGAGGCGUGUAACCUGAACGAGGCGAUCAACGCGCACAUUUUCCGGAUGCGGCAAGCGAAGAGCGAAACCGGCCCGGGCUCGGCAGCGCUCAGUAUCUACGCCAAGGGCAUACGCAUCACGGACGGUGGGGGCGCGUCGGCAGCGGCGGCCGGGACCACCUUCCACUGGCCGGCGAUCGGUAAGCUGAGCUUCGAUCGGAAAAAGUUCGAGAUCCGCUCGGGCGACGCGAAGAUCACGCUCUACUCGACCAACGACGACAAGAACAAGAUGAUCCUGGCGCUGUGCCGCGAGACGCACCAGUUCUCGAUGAAGAUCGCACCGCGGCUGACGGAGGCGAUCAAGCGGGAGGAGGAGGAGAGCAGCUGCAUCCACGACGGGUACCCGUAUCUGUACUCGCGCGCCCUCAACCUGCCGUACAAGAGCAAGUCGGAUCAGCGCAUCUCGGUGAUCUCGAGCACGAGCAGCAACACCACGUCCGGCAUCGUGAGUGACCGGGUGCACUCGGAGGACGAGCUGGAGAUCAUGAUCAACACUCCCCCGAGUGGCGCUCUGGCCGCCCCCUCGACCGAAAGCCUCGCCCUGGCCCACCUGCUCGACUGCCCUAGUGUCUCCCGCCAGACGUCCUCCGUCGGCCAGGUGUCCCUGCAGGAACUUAGUGUGGCACCACCACCGCCACCGUGCGCCGUAGACCCGCAUCCGGGCGCAUCAUCCGCCGGCGGCGGGAAAGAGUGCAGCGAUGCCGCGUCGCAGCACAACCUCGGCUCACAGUGUUCGUCCACCUGCAGCACGGUGGUGGUGAUGACCGGCGACUGUUUGACCCUUGCACCGGCACCACCCGGUUCGACGGGCGGGACUACCACCAGCUCGAGCGGGGCCACGACCACCACCAGCAGCAGCAGCAGCGGGACCCUCACGGCGGCGGCUACGACGGCCUCGGCAGCGUCCGGCCCCAUCCCGGCCGACCGGCGCCAGACGUCCACCUGCAGUAGCCUCAUCCUGGGCUUUAGCCACACGGCCCAGAACAGCACGCUGAGUGUGGCCGCCAGCACGUGUCUGGAGCACGACAUCAACGAGGAGGAGGAAGAGACCCACUCGGGCGUGUACACGAUCGCGCACGUCCCGCCGACGGAAACGAGCGGGGUCUACACGAUGAACAGCAGCGAGAUGACGGCCAGCCAGGCGUCGGAGAUGGCCGAAUCGGAGUCGCACGAGAGCAGCUCGCACUACGGGAGCUUCCAGCCGUGUCGGAGCGAGAUGGCCGGCCUGGAACCGGUGGAUUCGGUCGACGGCGACGGGGACCGCUAUCGGCCCCGGCUGGACUCGAGCGAGUUCCGGCUACGCUCGGACUCGAACGUCAGUGCGGCCGGCUCGUUCCGGGGCGAUGGUAGUGAUCCGACCGACAACAAACACUCGCUGCUCAGCGCCGAAGAGCUGACCGAGCUGAUCGUUGGCCGCGGCACGUACCCCUCGCGAAAGACCGUCAGCCACACGCUCGACUCGGACUGUGACUACGUGACGCUCCCGUUGCCGCUCGAGGGCGAAAGCUAUCUGCAGGGCAGCGAAGAUACGGCCCCGACGGAGGAUGAGUACGACGACGACGUGCUGCCACCGGCCCCUCCCAAGCGGAUCGACAGCAACCUGGGCGCCGGUCAGUCACCGUUGCAGCUAGGGCCACCAACGCCAUCGGACUCGACUCCACCGCCACCGCCGCCUCCGUAUAACGCGCAUCACGAAACGACGGGCCUCCGUGGGCCGGACAUCCGUGGACCGGUGGAUCCCGAAGCGCCUGCCAUCCCGCUGCGUGAUCCUCCGCCAUACCCUCAGAAGCCGAGCACGGCCAGCCAGACCACCACCAGUGCCACUCGGCGCAUCAGCCCCGCGGUCACGCCAGUGCCAGCUCCUCCACCUCCGCCGGUGGUGACGGAGGAAGUUCCGGCGCGGUUCAUUACCACGCGGCCCCAGAUCAACAUCCUGAAGGCGCACGCCAGCGUUGUGGGAGAAACGCCCAAACCGAGCUACGCCGCGCCGACCGUCAACAAUAUCGGCAACCUGGCGGCGGCGGCCGCUGCCACAUCGCCCCCACCCGUCCCGGGGGGUUACGGAAUGCCACCACACCACAAAGCCAUCACCUCGCCACCGCCGCCGUACCCGGAGAUGCCGAAGCCUCCGCCCCAGCACCGGACGGCGUGCGUGCUGCUGCCGGUCAUCAAGCCCCGCCAGUACCAUCCGCCUCCACCGCCCUCCAUCCCACGGCAGCCACCACCGCCGCCCCCGCUGGCCACCGUGUACACGAGCCAGAUGGCCCGGUCCCAGAUCGAGCUGUACCAGCAGCAGCUGUACAGUGACGUCGACUACGUCAUCUACCCGAUCCAGGACCCAUCGAUCAGCCAGCAGGAGUACCUGGACGCGAAGCAGGGCUCGAUUCUGGCGGCCAUGGCGGCCCAAAGUCCACCGCCACCGCCCUACCUAGCGUACCACACGGUCCGGGCGCACAACCGCAGCUGGGACGCGUGCAAAAACCACGCCAUCUACCGGAGCACCCCGUACCUGUCGAUGGCCCUCUCGUCCAACUCGCGGUACGCGUCGACCCAGAACCUCUCCGACACCUACGUGCAGCUCCCGGGGGCCUACUCCCCCCUCUACAGCCCCUCGGUGACCAGCCUGUGCUCGUCGACGUACGAUCCAGCACCGCCACCACCACCGCUCCGGCCACGACCUCCCCUGACCAAGGCGGCCAAUGCUGUCCCAGUGGGCGGCGGUUCGACGCCGGCGGCGGCCCUCUUUGCCCGGUCACGCUCCGACGACAACAUCCUCAACUCGAUCGAGAGUACGCCGAAAAUCCGCCGCCAGCCACCACCUCCGCCGCCGCCCCCGUACGAAAGCAAGAAAGCCAUCCGGAAGCCCCCGUUGCCGCUACCGAGUGCCGCCGCCAUGACGACCGCGAAGCCGCCGGCUGCCAUACCAACAUCGCCAUCGCCACAGCUGUCCUGCGCCCCAGAACGUCCCCCGGAAGUGCCAGCGAAACCGACGCCACCGAAACCGAGUGGUCCGAGUGCGAAGCUGCAGGCACAGAUCAAGAAGCAGUACCCGGACUUUGACAUGAGCAGCCUCACGUCACACGGUGGCACUACGGCGACGGCGGCCCGUGACGAUCGCACGUCGAUCGACAUCAAGACGCUGCGCGAGAAGAGCAAACACCUCGACCUACCGCUCAUAUCCGCCCUGAUGCACGAUCGGUCGCUGCUCAAGCAGACCCGUGCCUUCGUCAUGCCGAAGCACCCGAAAUCGGCGACCGGCGGACCCCUGGCCAACGGAGCCCCGUCUGGCACCAGCACCAGCGCUGCCAACGUUCCGAUCGGCACUGAGAUCGGUGCAACGACCAACAGCGCUUCGUGCGGGUCACCGACGACGAAUCACUCGCCGAAAGCAAAGUACCCGGUGUCGGGUCUCUCGACGACGCAGCUGGCCAAACCGCGGAAAACGGCCGCCAGCCACCGGCACCCGAACGACAAGCUGCCGCCGCUGCCGGGCCAGACGGCCGAGGGCAACAACUACGUCAUGGACCCCACGCCGACACCGAUCAAGCAGAAGAGCUUCAGCUCAUCCCAGCCCAGCGCCUGA